AAAGAAAAAAAAGUAGCCAAUUUAUGGGCACACUUCAUACGCUGCACAGUAAAACAAGCAUAAGGGAAGAGAAGUCAUUGCAUCGACGUCAGUUCGGUGAUUUCCUCAAUUUCGCAGGAAGCAGAAAUAACCUAUAUAUUGUUUCAUUGCAGCAGUGGUUCACAUGUAUGACACUGGGCGGUGUGGAAACGGUGUUGAUCCUCGUGGUACUCGGCUUUAUUACAAAGCAUUCAUUGGUUGUCUUCGUACUGUAUAAAAACGCGGCUUUGCAGUUACUUGCUUAAAAUCAGUGAUCUCUUCAAUUAACGACCGUCAUGAGCGAGAAAACAAUUCGCGAAAAGAAAAGAUGGACCAGAGCGACAGUGGGACUGUUGCUUGUAACUUUAUUAAAUGUGUCGUUUUGUAUAGCAGAAGAAGCGUCUUGCCACGGAGCCUUUGAUCUAUAUUUUGUGUUAGACAAGUCUGGAAGUGUUACAAACAACUGGGGGGAAAUAUAUGGAUUUGUUGAGCAGCUGACCAAUCGGUUUGUGAGCCCCAGGAUGAGAGUUUCUUUUAUAGUUUUUUCAGUUAGUGCAGAGGUGAUGCUGCCUUUAACCGGAGACAGUUAUGAAAUAGAGCAAGGCCUAAAGCGACUGCGUGACGUCAGACCAACGAGUGAGACAUACAUGCAUGAAGGAUUUAAGAAGGCAACAGAGCAAAUUGAAGAACAAAAAAAAAGAUCCUCAAGAUCAUCAAGCAUCAUCAUAGCCUUGACUGAUGGACGUCUGGAAGGAUAUCUCUUUCUAUACACAGUAAAGGAGGCAAACGUUGCAAGACAACUGGGUGCACGAGUGUACUGUGUUGGUGUAAACAACUUUGACGAGAAAGAGCUUGCAGCGAUUGCUGACAAUAAGGAUCAAGUAUUCCCCGUUUUAGGUGGAUUUCAAGCUCUCAGAAGCAUAGUAAAUUCGAUUUUAAAGAAGUCUUGUACAGAAAUCUUAAAAGUGGAGCCCUCCAGCAUCUGUGUGAAUGAAACCUUUGAAAUUGUGCUGAGAGGAAAUGGAUUUACACUGGGCAAUGGCACAGAGGGAGUGGUCUGCAGCUUCAUCAUCAACGAACAGACCUACCAUGAGAAGCCACGCGUGGUACAGGACGAUUACCUGCUGUGUCCGGCACCUGUGCUGCAUGAAGUCGGACAGUCAGUGGAUGUUCUGAUCAGCUUGAACAAUGGCCAGUCCUUCAUCACGAGUCCCGUUACCAUUUCUGCCACGGCAUGCUCAGACGGCACAGUGGUGAUAAUCGUGUUCCUGGUGCUGCUCCUGCUCCUGGGUCUGGCUCUCAUGUGGUGGUUUUGGCCACUCUGCUGCACCGUGGUUAUCAAAGACCCACCUCCCCCACCCCCGCCCGCCCCAGAACCCGAGCCUGAGGAGGACUCUCUACCUAAGAAGAAAUGGCCCACUGUGGAUGCUUCAUACUAUGGGGGAAGGGGAGCAGGAGGAAUCAAGCGCAUGGAGGUCCGUUGGGGAGAUAAGGGCUCUACAGAAGAAGGAGCGAGGCUGGAGAUGGCCAAAAAUGCUGUGGUCUCAAUACCAGAGGAUGUGGAGGAGCCCAUGAUAAGCCGGCCUAAACCUAAACCAACACCUAUCUACCAACACCAUGAGUCCAAAUGGUACACACCCAUUAAGGGACGCCUUGAUGCACUUGGGGCUUUGCUACGACGCCAGUAUGACCGAGUUUCUGUCAUGAGACCAACAGGAGAAGACAAGGGACGAUGCAUGAACUUCAGCCGGGUCCAGAACCAUUAGGACACUCACAAUGUGGCCUUUGAAAUACCAAGUGUACUGUAACUUCCUACUGAUGACAACUGAAGAAUCGCAAGUUCUGGAAGAACUCAGCCUUAACAAGCACUAUACAUUUUCUUAUAUCGGUUUUAUACACUAGUAGUGGAAGCCCUUUACCAGAGGAUGUAGUUUGCUUUUCUUUUUUUUUUAGCUAUAGUAGCACAUUAAAGCCUUUCUCGUCAGACUUAAACUGAUCAAGCUGUGUGGCAAAAGCGAAAUAGAUGUGUUUUCACUAUGCUUCCAAGACAAAAUAAGAUUUUCUUCUAUGAGACAGCCGAAGAUCCACAAAAGUUUUGAAUGAUUGGUGCUUCUAGAGAAAAAUCUAGUUACUGUUUUUUAUUUUAUUUUAUUUUUUGUCAGUGUUAAUUUUUGUUUUGUUACUAUAUUGUUCUUUGUGUUCUCUGUCUAGUUCUAUUUAUGAACCUGUCAUUGUAAGUGUAGUGUACAACACACACAUCUCAAUACCUACUAUAAAAAUCUCCUAAGCUUCCUUUAACUUUAGUAACUCUCAGAAUUGAUUCACUAUUAUUAAAAGAAACAACCCCCAGAAACCUGUACUUUUUGGCUGGACCGCAACAGCGGGGCCAGCCCUACAAACGCGAAUGUCUGUGACUGAGUGAUGAAGUUACACCAUUGGUCGGCCGGAUUAAGUGUGUUAGGUCCAGUCAUGUACUAGGUUUUGACCAGGUCUUGUUAUUAUAAUUUUGGGUAGAUGUCAGUCAACAACCUAUAGAGAUGUCGUAUAACUAUAAACAUCUGCGCGGGUGGAUGUGAUUACAGUGAAGCCAUCACAUCUCUGAGGCAGGAUGACGUUGCUAAGAUUGGCAAGCUACAUUCUCAUGAGAGAUGUGCUGAUGUCACUGCCUUCUGCACACUAAAUUAUAGUUUGAGCUUUUUCAGGACCCUACCCAUUUUUUCCCCCAAAAAUUCAAUUCCAGCACAGGGCAUGUACAGGACAUCCUGAAAGUAUAUCAUUUAUUGCACGUAUAAAAACACUGCACUGUGCACCCAGGUUUCUCAUUUCCAUGUUAGGAGAGGCAUCUCAGCCUGGCAGAAUGUUUAUUUGCCUGUUCCUGCCUGCUGGCCGUAGCAAACAAAUGAAGGAAUAUCUUUCCAGUUCCACACUGAACUAAGCACUGGAAUGGUAUUGUCAUGUACUGCUCUCCCUUUACAGUUAAUGAAGUGGUUAAAUCAUGCAAGGAAUCACUUUGUUUUUGUUGUAAAGACAGCUUAUACGUUCUAAGGGAUACUUAAAUCUGUAUUUAUACCCUAACAUGUGAAUGUGAACUGGUACAUUUCUCUGCAUUAAUAGUAUGUACACCCUGGAAUAUAUAAAUGGUUUACCGUUAACACCUUGUACCAUUUAAUAACGUGUUAGUCUUUAUGUGCUGAUAUUCAACUUGAAUGAUUAUGUUGUUUCCUAAUUUGGGUGUUGUUUAUUGUACGAAACGGUCAUGUAUGUAUAUAUAACACAGCAUAUAUUAUCUUUGUCACUUCAUCAUGAUGAUUCAUACAGUAGAUAAGCAGAUUUAAAAAGACUACGCAGUCGACCAUUUUGCACAGCUUAAGAACACGUACAGUAAUAUUUUAAAGCUGCCUUUUCAUAUGCUUUUUAAUCUUUGUUCAGCAAAGCAGUUUAUCUCUUUGCCUACUAUCUCUCAGUAUCCUCUUCAGUCAUUUUAAUGGGCAUAAAUCUGUCAUAAAUACUUCUCGACAAAAAAUAAAACCCACUGGUUUAUACCGUGGAUAAACCACGA